UGAUUUGUCGGUGAAGUUCGCGGCAAAAGGUGGUUUGAAACGCAUGCGCUGUCUCAGUUUUGCAGCGCGGGUAAUAAGGAAUAGCUAGGUCGUGUAGGUGUUGUAUCAAAACUUAGCGCGAUACAGCGAAUUUAUUUACAAGUGCAAACUCAUUUUAUUGCCUUAAAUAUUCAUAUCAAGUUUAAAGUAUCAUGUGGAACCAAGGCGGAUACAGCGAGCCGAGCCUGGGCGGGUACACCCAGUCGCCGGGUGGGUUCGCCUCUCCCUCCGCUUCGCAGGGGGGAGAGAAAAAAGGAAGGAUGCGCGCGCAGCAGAUCAUCCCCUGCUCAGUCUCACAGCUCCUGUCCUCCAGGCAGGCCGAGGACGUCUUCAGAGUCGGGGACGUGGAGAUCGCACAGAUCACCCUGCUGGGGAUAGUCAGGGCCACAGAGAAGUCCGUCACCAACGUCCAGUACAAAGUGGAUGACAUGACUGGCCCUCCUGUGUCGGUUAAGCAGUGGGUGGACGGGGAGGACACCAGUGUGGAGAGCACGGUCUUCCCCCCCGGGACCUACGUCAAGGUCUUCGGCAACCUGCGGUCUUUCCAGAACCAUAGGACUGUGGUGGCGUUCAACAUCAGGCCAGUUGAGGACAUGAAUGAGAUCACCUCGCACAUGCUGGAGGUAGUGCGUGCUCACAUGCUGCUCAGCAAGCCCACGAGCGCGGUGAGAGCCCUCCUCCUCCUCCUCCUCUUCUUCCUCCUCCGCCGCCGCCCCCUCCUCCCUCUCUCCAUCUCCUCCUCUUCUUCCUCCUUCUCCUCAUCUUCCUCCCUCCUUUUCCUCCUCGUCUUCCUCCUUCUCCUCCUCCUCUUCCUCCCUCCUGCUCCUUCUCCCCCCCUCCUCCUCUUCCUCCCUGUUCCUCUUCUUCCUCCCUCCUCCUCCUGUGUUACUGCAGGUGAGAUGUGUUUGUUAUUGGUGCUGAGCCUGAUCCGGAGCUGUCCGGAUGCUCAGGGCAUCCACAUACACGACCUGAAGCAGAAGCUGAGUGGCAUGAGCAUCGCCGUCAUCAAGCAAGCUGUGGAGUUCCUCUGCAACGAAGGACACGUCUUCUCCACCAUCGACGAGGAACACUUCAGAUCCACGGACAACAACGAGUAGAGACGAGACUACAUUUCCCACGAUGCACCACCUCUGCUCAGCACUGCAGGUGUCUAAUGCAGUGAAACGAACUCGGGGGGAUUCUUGGCUGCGAUGCUGAAUUUGAGUGCACAGUCCCGUGUCACUUCUGUAUCCUGUUAGAUCUGCUGUGUCACUCGUAGAGGGGGAAGAGUGCUUCUGUCAUUUCAGUUUUUUAUAUUUUCUCUUCCUCAUUUCCAGUCUGAAUCUAAUAAUUUAUGUCAUUUUAUAAAGAUGUGAGAGUGUCUUUGGCCUAUGCCGGAACUGCUUCACAGUGUUUUGAAAAGUAAAUGCUGUAUAGUACGUGUGCAUUUGUAUGGCUUUGUUUGUUUUUUCCUGUGUACAUUGCCUUUUUUUCCCGUUUUGACUGAGUACAUGUAGUUCUUUUCUGAAAUACAAUACAACUGGUGACAAACUA